AUGUCCUGCCACGACGAACAUAAUGAUAUUUACACUUACUCAGUCAUCGAUGUUCAUUAUCUUUAUGAAUUAUCCAACAUGUUAUCAUUGUAUGAUUAUGAUGAUGGACUUAACUUUACUCUUAUUCUCCACUCGCUCACUCACUCAUUGCAUCACAUUCUUUUCACUUGUUAUUGGCGCAAUCAUUAA